AUGAUUUUUUGUAGACAAACGUGUAGAGCUAUUGCCGACACAACGAUACCAGCGUUCUUCCAUGGAAGGUGCACAGCAAUACCGCAACAAAGGUUCAUACAGUUAACAACGCUUAGAGACGUCAAGAAGACACAAAAAAAUCUUAUAGACUAUCAAAAUAACAGAAGAACAUACAAUGUAAACGUACAUGACAUUAAGAAAAAUGAUAAUCACACAACGGCGCCAGAACAUAAUACCACGGGACAUGAAAGUCAUGGUAACAAACAGUGGUUCAAGAUUGCUAAACCCGGCAAAGAAAAAGGAGUGGCAUAUUGGCUUCUAGGGUCAGCUGCCAUCACUGCAGGGGUCAUGGCCAUGGGAGCAUAUGUCAGACUCAAUGAGAGUGGACUAUCGAUGCUAGAUUGGAGACUAGUUGGGAAACAGCUACCGAAGGAUGAACAAGAAUGGAUCCAAGAAUUCGAAAGAUAUAAAACCACACCGGAAUACCUCAAAGUACAUUAUGACAUUGACUUAGAGGAAUAUAAAAACAUAUACAUCAAUGAAUGGGCGCAUCGGAUGCUAGGCAGGCUAUCCGGUAUUUGCUUCGGUGGAGGGGCAUUAUACCUAGCAUUGAGACGUGCCCUUGCACCUGGAGGUUAUAUCCUAGCAAUCGGGGUGGCUGCACUUGGAUUGUCACAAGCAUUCGUUGGGAAAUGGAUGGUAGACAGUGGAUUCAAGGAACCUGAAACAGAAAAUAAAACACCAAGGGUAUCACCAUACAGACUUACCAUACAUUUUACAAAUGCGCUCGCAAUAUACUCACUUUGUCUAUGGAAUGGGAUCAAGCUAAUAAAGCGUGAUGGUAACAUUGUGACACCACAGACUGUAGCUAUGCGAGCUGUAAGAAAUAGGGCAAGAAUGUCACUCCUAUCUACAUUUUUAACGAUGAUAUACGGUACACUGGUAGCUGGGAAUGAUGCAGGACUUGCAUACAACACUUGGCCAAAAAUGUUGGAUACAUAUAUACCAGACGAUUACGCUCAUGUCGACAGUUUGAAACAUCUAUUUGAAAAAACUGGAGUGGUACAAUUCAACCACAGAUGCCUUGGUUACAUCACCAUCCUGGCGACGGCGCUCACAUACUGCAAAACAAGGGCACAAGGGGUACCAAGGCCGAUCAGGAAAUUGGCAAUGGGCGCAUUACACGCAUCAAUCAUACAGGUAAUCAUAGGAAUCAUCACUGUGAUCAAACAUGUACCGCUACAUGGAGCUAUGGCACAUCACACGAAUGCCAUGGCACUGUGGUCAGUACUGCUAAUGCUACUGUCACGCAUAAAGUAA